CUUUCUUUUUCUUUCCUGCCUUCUGUAAUCUUUUUUCCAACAAAUGUUUUUUUUUUUUCUGUAAUCUUUUUUCCUAUUUCCAGCUUUCCAUUUCUUUAAUCAUAGCACGGACCUCUUUCCGCUAAGAAAUCCGAAAGUUUCCUCUCCGGCCGACGACUGUACGUGUACACUUCGGCUCCAUUCUCAAGCCUACAGUCAAGAGCCGCCAACCCUACCGAUUUGAGUACACUCUUAGGAUCACCAACAACGGCCUUAACGAGCAGGGGUAGAUAGGUAUGGAAAUAUUGGAUUAUACUCACUUAUGAAUUGGAUUCAAUCAGCUCUCAAGCAUCCCUAGUAUCUAACAAUGGUAUAGCCGUAGUUUCGGGCGGGAGAGGAGGUGAAAAACACCCGAAUCAACCGUCGCCGGGGACUGCAGACCGAAACACGAAUCUCGAUGACUGCCUUCGUCGCUUCUUCCACCCUCGUCCCGCCGCCGUUGAAAGCCAUCGUGAAUCACCCGUCCACCACCAAUUUCCCCUUUCACGAAUUCAAAAUCCGCCAACGGUCCAUCCUCAAAUCUCGACCUGCUAGCAUCAUCAGCCCCAGGAGAAACCUCUGCGUAGUCCAUGCCGGGGAGAACAAUGGCGAUAGAGAUGUGGCAAGCAUGGAAGAGAAGGGAAAGGAAAAGGGCCAGCAGAAUAAUAUGCAAGCCACAUUGAAUUUGAAGUGGGUUGAGCUAUUGCUAGAUCCGGACCCGGAAAACAUUUUGGCGGUUGGGUUAACGGGUCUGUUGGCGUGGGCGGGUGUGCAGAUCUUGUGGCAGCUGUUCGUGAUCUCUGUGGCGAUUCUGGUUGCUGCUCUCAAGUAUUCCUUCAUAGCCGCACUUCUCAUCAUCAUCCUCAUCACUCUUCUUUGAUCACAGCGGAAACUCAAACUCUUCAAUUUGUCAGUUCUGGUGAUGGAAAUCCAGGCUUAUCUGCUCAUGUGAUGUAGUCGUUAUUCGAAUCCCCACAAAGAAUUUACAAGUGAUUGUGAUUUUGAUCUCAAUGCAAUUUGAAUAUUUUAUCUAAAUCAAGAGAAUGUGGACACAAUAUGUAAGAAUGAAUAAAAUAAUUAAUGUUUUUUAGUAUUCUUACUCGUGCGUUGCACAAGCUACACAAAACUCUCAUUAAACAAUAUUUCAGAUUUUAAACAUCAAAUAAAUAUCUUCAUAUUAAUAAAAGCUUGAUUUUUUCAUAUCGAAGAAACUCACCACUUCAUAAUAGUUUUAAAAUAUACGUAGUAUUUCAUUAUGAUGAAAAUAAGCUUUAAAGAGACUACCAAGGGCGCAUGUUUCUUUUAAUCCACGACUUCAUAUUUCUUUUAAUCCAUCAAAAGAAUGUAACACACGGCCAAUUUGCAUUUACAACAACCGAGACUGGUUACUACUUCGCAUGUUUCUGGAUGCAUGGAAACUUUUCAGCGACUACCAAGGGUGCAACUGUUGCUCUUGUCUGGAGACAGGAAUUUUUGCAAAGGAUUGAGAAUCAGUUGCAAGAAAAGAAAAAUUAGAGGGAGUCAAUCUUGAGUUGAUGAAACUUGAAGGAAUAAUUCAAGCCAUCCAUGAAAAUUUUGAAGUAUAGGAAAGAAGGGAAGCUGAGGCAAGGGAGGUGAGUGAGAAAACCAAUGCGAGAGUGGCUUUGUUGAGUAUAAUGUCCCUUGGCAUCUGUGUAUUUGUUUCAUCCCUGCAACUUUGGUAUUUGAGGAAUUAUUUUCAAAAGAAAAAGCUCAUCUAAUAUUCAUGAUUCUAAGUUCUAACCUUUUCCUCAUAGAAUGUCUCAAAUACUGGUUGUCACCUUCAAUCUAUACGUCUAAAUAUGUACCAUAGAUAAAUGUAUAUCACAUCCAUGUUAUAGCCUCUUUGAUGGGCUGAAAUUGUAAUGUCCUUGUGAAACUUCACAUAUGGAGUUUGUGCUUUAGAAAACCAACUUUGUUUUAGGAGUCCUAAUUAGAAGAAGCUUUCAUGAUAUCCAUCUCCAUUUAUGUAGACUACUGAUUUUAAUGCCUGUAAAAGUAACGUGGCUGAUGGAAUUUGCUUAAUUUUGAAAGUGUGGUCAAAGUAAUAUGGCUGAUGGAAUUUGCUUCAUUUUGAAAGCGUGGUAUCCAAACGAGUACAUGAGAUGCCCACAGAAAGAGAAGAAAACAAUAACUCCAAAUUUGAUCUUUGCACCCCGUUCAUCACAUGAGAUGAAUGUGGUCCAAACAGUGCCUAUGCGGUCUGCAAAAAAUCUCAGGAUACGUGUGAAAUAGUAUGUGGUAUAACACGAUUGAAUUGUAGACAUGGUUUGGAGAACCUAGUUAUUUUUUACGCUGUAGCCUGUAGGUCACUUGUAUGAAUAUACAACCUUAUUUUCACUCUUGCAGAGUGCAAAUUUAAAUAUUACUCCCCC